AUGCAUUUGUUUGAUUUUGCAGAGCUCUUCAAGUUCUCAUUCGUCAGUGCACCUUUUGACAGCAGUUCAUUGUUUGACCCUAAGUUGAAGGACACAUUGUUCAGCCUGAAACUGGACAUUGAGGAAAGGGAACAAAAGUUGCUUGUGGCACAAGAUGCACAAACAUCGAGCCAGAUGAAAAAUGAGGAGCUACAGGUUACCUUGAAAGAAAUUGAGAGUAUGCAAGUGGAGGACAAGCAAGAGGUGCAGGAACUGAGCAGACAGGUUAUAGUUCUACGUGCACAUGCUCAUUUUGUGAGAGUAGAACUAGGAGAGUGCAGUGGCUUGGUAGAAGACUUGAAGGCUGACGUCUCUGAACUGCAGGCUGCCAAGGAGCAGCUUCAUAAUGAAGUGCUAGAGGUGCAGAAUCAGGCCGACAAACUGAAAGAAUCGUGUGACCUGUUGGAGGAAAACCUGUCCCAUACCCAGCAAGCACUGCAGAAUGAAAGGGAGGAAAAUGGGGCAUUACAACAAACAGAAAAGGAACUGAUGGCUACUGUUAAUCAGCUGGAGCAUGAGAUACUAAGUCUGAAAUUGGACAUUGAGGAAAUGGAACAGAAGCUGCAUGCUGCACAAGAGAGACAGACAUCAAGCCAGAUGAAGAAUGAGGAGCUGCAGGCUACCUUGAGAGAACUUGAGAGUCUGAGAGUGGAAGAGAGGCAAGAGGUGCAGGAAAUGAACAGACAGAUUGAAGAAUUUAAGGUUGACAUAACUGGACUGCAGGAUAAAAAGCAACAGUUUCAGAAAGAAUUUUUAGAGGCACAGAACCGAGCUCACCGGCUGAAGGAAUCAUGUGACCUUUUAGAGAAGAACCUGACCCAUACCCAGCAAGCACUGCAGAAUGAAAGGGAGGAGAAUGGGACAUUACAGCAAGUGAAGAGUGCACUACAGGCUACUGUUAAACGGCUAGAGCAUGAGAUACUAAGUCUGAAACUGGACAUUGAGGAAAAGGAGCAAAAGCUGCUUGCAGCACAAGAGGCUCAAACACUGAGUCAGAUGAAGAACAAGGAGCUGCAGGAUGCCUUGAGAGAACUUGAGAGUCUGAGAAUGGAGGAGAAGCAAGAGGUGCAGGAACUGAACAGACAGGAUAGGGACAUUCUUAUGUUUGAUGCAAAGAAGCAAAGUACAGAUGCUUUUGUUAGCGUGGAUGUCUAUGAAAAAAAAAAGCCGCCAGAAGCUUUUGCAGCCCAUCUUGCUGCUCAGAUGGCAGCAGACAGCAAUAACCAGUGCAUGGAUCAGCAGGAGAGUUCUGCACAUGAUCACAAGCAGGAGCAGGACAGAGGGGAGAAGCUGAGGGACAUGACCAGACACAAGGUAACUCAUGACCUUCAUCCUUUUGCUGACUAA